ACAUGGCAGCGGCGCUAGGAUACCAUUCACGACCAAAAUCUGCUUCAGCUCCAAUUUACACAGCAACGCACAGCUGCACGCGCCUUGGCGCCAUUCAGAGAUUGGUGCGCAUUUGGCGGGAUGUUGAUGCUUUGCUACUUGUGCUGGGGGUCGACAGCGAGUCGAACGAAGCAACUCGUCGGUUAGUGAACUACCUACUGUUCGGUCUGACAGGACACCAACUCACUGACUUGAGCCUUGGUUUUACGGAUGAAAAGAUGGAGGAUGUCGUUCUGUUGAUUGGACGUGAUUGUGUGCAUUUGUAUUGUAACGCGUGGAACUUUCCGAGUUUGUUGCCUGUUGUUGCCAACUGGAGAGGUUUGCAAUUACACUGUUUGCCAAAAGAUGAGUGUAGUGACGAGGAUCUGUUAGAAGAGUUUAAAAUUCGCAAGUUCAUUCAAAUGACUAACGGAAUCAAGAAAAUCGGAAUUCCAUACGGAGCAGACGACACGUCAUCAUUCAAUAACAUGCUGAUUGAAAAGUGGCCUCUAAUUCAAUGUUAUGCAUUAGAUGACUUUAAAACAGGUGGCUUUUUCACUAUGAAUCAUGAUGUUGUCGAUGUUGCCGAUCGUCUGACGUCAUUGUACACGACAGUCGAUGUCCCUUCUUUGACUUACAUUGUAACUCAUGUUCUCCCCUCGUUCGAAUGCCAGUGGAAGGACAUGAUGGCUGUAAUAGACAUUGCUGGGUCCGAUGGCAUUCCUGCACUGUCGGAAGAGCAGAUUGCCGAGCCAUUCAAUGUGUAUUACAAACAUGGCCAAACUCAGAGGUUUGUCAGAAACGAGGAAAUUAUUGGAUCUUACUGCCGUCCUCGUGUGCAUGUUGGAUUAAACACGUGUCGUGUUGCAAUGGAAUCAGUUGCUGCGCAGGUUUCGUCUCAAUCGAGCAGCACUAUUUCAACAAAAACAACAGUUGGAUCUGCUGCUUAUACGGGCAUUGCUACUCACAUGAUAUGUCACUGUUCUGAGCCGAGAGGAGCACUAAGUUGUACUCGCACUUACUUUUUUCACGAAGGCAACGCCAAACAGUUGCCUACUUCUGACGUAUGGCAAUUGCAACAGAUAUACAUGUCUUGCAUUGAUGCAGUGAUUGAAGCCGUUGACACAUACUCUCAUACACACAGCACUCACGAGAGUGAAAAGAUGUGUGUGAGGAAACUAAGGCACGUUGUGAGUGAGAAGAAACUGAAAGUAGACAACGAGUUACUGAAAUUCAAAUCAAAAAAGAAUGUCGAGUUUUUGUUGAUAGCACGUGACUUUAUGGGAAGAUCAGUUGAGCUGAAGGACGGCCAGUAUUGUCCCGUCAUCAAAACCGUAUGUGUUACUGUUCACGAUAUCCCCAGUAUUGAACACGUCGGUAAGCUUGCCGGCUCAGUCUCCUUUGGAGAAUCUUUCAUGGACUCUGUAAUCCUCACGCAGUCCAACGAGGCUGACGUCGCUUUGAGUAGCAAAGUCAUUAUUUUGACAUCGUCAAUCCUUCGCGCAACAUCAUGGAUGGCAAAUACCAAGGCAUCUGGAAAUGAAGACGAAUCUCAUCAGGACGUUACGGAACUAGUCAGCGAGGGAAAGCUCAAGUUUUCAGUCCAACUGGUCGUCAACAAUCAGUUUGUGAGAUGGCUGAAUGGUACUCUACAUUUGAUUGACAACGCGUUCGUGUUUGAACAUUCUCAUUUGGGGUUUGUGUAUCUACCUCUGGAGCAGCUGAAUCGAUUGCAGUUGUUUGAUGAGGUUUCUAAAGGUGUUGCACUGCUGAUUGUCGGUUGCAAUGAGGAAAUUGUGUGCCAUUUGCCGAGUUGGCUACGCCAGAGCGGCACGCUCGUUUUCUCAAUUACGACACGAAUAUCGGCACAUAAAACAUUCUACAAGCAGUUUGUACCACGUAUGCGAUCGAAAGAACUCAAUGGACCAAAGCUCGAAGAUUUAACAGCCUUACAGGAAGAAUAUCAAGACAUUUUCAAGCAAGUGUGUUACCAUCAUUCCAUCCGUGCUACCGGCUCUGAGGCCACGCUAAUGGACAAAGCUUACAACAAGCUGCCAUACUUAUCCAGGUUUGUUGACCACCUGUGCGCCAGUAAAGCCAUGCAUACGACCAUCAUCUCCAAUAACGAUUUUCCAGCUCUUGUUUCACAGUUGCUACCAACACGACCGUCAACAGACGUACACGUUGCUGCAUCUCGUCUUAUGCAUUGUAUUGUUACCGUUUUGACGGGAGUUCCUGGUAGUGGAAAAGAUCAACUAAGUCGUUCCAUCGUGUCCUGGGAUAAAGACAGCACAAAGUGGGUUGUGUUAAGGCAGCCAUUCGACAGCUGUGAUGACGAUUUUGACAUAGAAAGUUUCCAGUCAUCACUGACAGCCAUCACAGAACGGAUGGGAAAGAAACUUAGCGCAUCAAUGAGACGAACGCGUAUACUGGUCAUCACACCAGGUUUGACGGAUGUGCGGCACGUUGUUGGUGCUAUUUUGCAUCAUCCUGAGGAGAGUGUGAGAGAGAUGGUGAAAAUUGGGGCCGUAACUGCUUGUGUCGAUUCUCAUAACUGCGUGCUACGAAACGGUCUGUUCUUUCCUAAUUUGUUGGAGAACUGUGCCAUCGGCUUGGUCAACAACAUUGUUUGGACGGGCCUGAGAUCGGAGAGUCCAUCGAACGUCGAGCUGCUCAUCAGAGCAUGCAAUCCUACCGCAUCGUUCUUUGACUCACAACCCCUCAAGGAGGAGGCCAUGGAUUCUAUUCUGUCUGACGAUGCUUUUAAUGACACUGCUUGUUUGCAUGAUCGGCUUCUAUUUCAUGGCCAAGCUUUGUGUUCGCCUCGUUCAACUAUUCAACCAGUGAAAGGUUUCAACAAGGUGUGUUUGAAGUUCUGUCAGCCUCUCGACAGGAGGCUACUGACUAGUCAGUUGACGUCACUGAAAUUCGAGAACAAACACGAUACAAAUGACACCCAACCUAUUGUGUAUCUUAUUAAAGCUAAAGUCUGGUUAACAGACUCCUUGCAAAUUAACAACCUGGAGUUUGUUCGCCAGAGCGGUUGGCUCACGUUGUCUCCUUCUGAUGUCGGUCAGAUUUCUAGUCCAGCUCAUUUUGCUAACGGGCAAGGUGGUGAGACAGCCUUGCCAUCCGAAAACUGCUUUGUCUUCUUUGGUACUCAGUUGACCGACGGAUGGCUCAAGAACUGGUUGAGAGGUUGUAAGCUACAGAUGGAAACAAAGAAGGCUCACCGAACAAGAAGUGGCCUCACCUCAACAGAGAUAGAUAGCAUCAACUCUGCUCACAAACACGAUCCCCUUCCACCCGGAACGUUCUACAACGGCUCUCACUUUCUUUCGAUGGACGGAGAAAAGAGCGAUAAGCACCCAUGUUUAGAUCAGUUUAUUGACGACUUCCUAGACGCACAAAACAAAGAGAUCGACCGCCAUAACAGUGAACUAGACCAGAACGCAGUGGCUGACAUGUUUGAGUGAAGGACUACACACACACACACACACACACACGCACACGCACACACAGAUUUUAUUGUCAUGAUACAAAUCCGUAUUUUAUUUCCAUAAUGACUGCAUGUA